UGCCACAGCUGCCUGUUUGAGGGACAAGACAAUAUGGAUCAUCAGCACCAACACAAUUUGAACAGGGGGAGAUGUUUCUUCUGAAGUCAGGGUAGGGGUGAAACACAGACACAAACAGAAUCAGAGAUACAUAAGCUUUCCUUGGUCACAACUCACUUCAUCAGAAGCCAGCUUAGCUGACACAUCCACAAGGUAGCAAUUGCCAGUGACACCCCAGAAGCUCCAGGGGACCUAAAGGGGAUAAAGAAGCCGAAAGAAGCCAGACAGUGGGCAAGGCAGCUUGAACAAGCAGCGUGCCUGAUUGAAGGGAGGAAGAAGAGAGACUAGCUGAGCAGCUUUGGGGCUUGUGGUUGGGCAAGCUGGUGAAUUACUGAGUCACCUUAGGGGUUGCUCAGGGCUGUGCACAAUGAACUGGGGACAGAGGGACUGCUUAACCCUUUAGAAGAGUUUCAAAAGCUCUGGCUGUGUGGUCUUUGCCCUGAUAAAUGCCUUAAUUGAUGAGGAUCUGCCUACUAUGCGGAUUGAAAUGUUGGAGUAUGUUUCUUCCUAUCAAGAGGUAAAAAUCCCUCUCUCAAGAGCUGAACUGGAAGCUAGCUCCCUGAAGCAGAGCAACAGAAAACCAGGGAGGGUCGGGGAUUGAAAAAUCAAGGUCUCAGUUGAAGGAUCCAGGGCUCUCCUGCUGGUUUCAGGAGGUAUUCAGAAGGCCUGGACAAGGCUAGAGAGGUCCUGAGUAAGUACUUUCCUCAGAGGAUUCAUGACAGGACCUCCUUGCUAUUCUUGGUCCAUGCUGAGUGGUGUGGAUUUCAUUCAAGAAGCAGUUAAUGUUCAGUGAUCGCUGAAAUCUCCCCCAAACAGCCCUGAGGGACAACAGAAUUGAGCUGGUUAGAGCUUCAUGGCAUGAACUGAGCAUCAGCGUCAGUGAUGUGUCUCUGUCGGAUGAAGGGCAGUACACCUGUUCUUUAUUUACAAUGCCUGUCAAAACUUCCAAGGCUUUUCUUACUGUUUUGGGUGUUCCUGAGAAGCCACAAAUUACUGGAUUUGCUUCACCAGUUAUGGAAGGAGAGAGGAUGCAGUUAACCUGCAAGACAUCUGGCAGUAAACCAGCAGCUGAUAUUAGAUGGUUUAAGAAUGAUAAAGAAGUUAAAGAUGCAAAAUAUUUAAAAGAAGAGGAUGCUAAUCGUAAGACAUUCACUGUUAGCAGCACACUGGAUUUCCGAGUAGAUCGCAAUGAUGAUGGUGCAGUUGUAAGUUGCAGAGUAGACCAUGAGUCCCUGAACUCUACACCUCAGAUAGCAAUGCAGGUUCUAGAAAUACAUUAUACACCUUCUGUUAAAAUCAUAUCUUCCAAUUCAUGGCCUGAAGAAGGACAAACUAUAAUUUUGACUUGUGAAUCCAAAGGAAAACCAGUGCCAGAACCAGUAUUAUGGACAAAGGAUGGAGGAGAACUACCAGAUCCAGAACGAAUGGUUGUCAAUGGUAGGGAUCUAAGCAUUAGUUUCCUAAACAAAACGGACAAUGGUACAUAUCGAUGUGAAGCAACAAACCCUAUUGGCCAAAACAGCACAGAGUAUGUCCUGAUUGUACAUGAUGUUUCCAACACUUUGCUUCCCAUCACUGUCAUCCCCUCCCUUACCACUGCAACAGUCACAACCACUGUAGCCUUAACAACCAGCACAGCCCCAUCGGCAACAGCCAUCAGCACCAGAGAUCCUAAUGCUUUGACUGGACAGCCUGUACCUGAUCACGCUCUUAUAGGAGGAAUAGUUGCUGUAGUUGUCUUUGUAACGCUAUGUUCUAUAAUUCUACUUGGUCGAUAUCUGGCAAGACAUAAAGGAACAUAUUUAACAAAUGAAGCUAAAGGAGCUGAAGAUGCACCUGAUGCCGACACAGCCAUUAUCAAUGCAGAAGGCAGCCAAGUCAAUGCAGAGGAGAAAAAGGAGUAUUUCAUUUAGAUGAAGUCCUAGAAUCUCUGAGUUUUACUUAUCAGGCUGACUGCUGGAGAAAACUGGCUAUCAUCUUUCAGAAUUCAUUUCUACCAUCUUCUGCUACCUUUAUUAACUUCCAUUCUGCUAUAAGUAGCCAGUUUAUGCCAACAAUCGGCUCUUGACAACAUCAUUUUUUAAUUACAGUUCCAUCCAUAAAGCAGGACAUUUCUUAUUGCCUAAAAUUCAUAGCCAUUGCUCUCUUAACAUACAGUGCUUGAAUAUACAGCCUUAACAAUGUUAAUCAUGAUCUUAAACCAUGUUAAGUUUUUUUACAUUUUUAAAUGUUACACGGUUUUCUUCUUUCUUCCAGUUUUCUUUUGUCAUGGUCCCUAUCAGUAUGUCAUUGAACAAUUUUAAUAACAAAUACUAUUAGGUAAGGACCUAAUAUACUUACAUAAAAUAUGAAAUCUAAGAUUAGAGGUUUACAAAGAAUAUUUUAUACAUGUCUAUAAAUCAAAAGCAACCUGUUUUUGAAACAUACGCCCUAGGAAAUGCAAACAGAAAACUUUAUAGUCUAGUUUGUCAUAUGCUUGAAUUUGGUGGAAAAUAAGUAUCAGAACACUUUUUUUUUAAUGGUAUUAUAAAAAUAGUGCCAUGUUUCAGUGGUAAUUACAUCAUACUGAAUAUACAUAUAGAUUCUGCAGAGUUAGAUUAUAAUAGUUUCUUUUGAAAUUAAUUUGCCCUGCCCUUUUACUGCUUUUUGAGAUCACAUGGAUUAGGUAUUUCUUCCAGUAAUUUCUGCUUUUAUAAUUUAUUUGCUUCAUAUGGACUCACCUGCCUAGUCAAAUUUGAAGUGUUCCUGGGGCACAAUUGCAAGGCAUUUUAGUAUCUGUAUAUAGUGCAUAUAAUAAAUCCAAUUAAACAUUAUUUGAUACAUAUUUAACUUUUUUGGCUGUAGCUAAGUCAGUCACAAGUAAGCAUUUUCUAAUGUCCAUUAUAUCCCUUUAGAUAUGACUUAAAUCAGUAUUCUGAGUGGAUAACAUGUAUCAGUAUUUUUGUCUGUAUGUCCUAGCACUGUUCAGCAGCAAACUUUUCUAGUUCUUGUUUUUUCUUUGUUAAACAAUGGAAGCACAAUGUUAUAUGGAACGGUAGUUUUAAGCUAACAACCAGUGCACAGCCUCAGGUUUUAAAUUACAACCACAUUUGAUUAAUAUCCUUAAAAAAUACUGUUAUGUUGCUAAAAUUCUCAAUUUUUAAUUUGGCAGUUCUGGAGCUGCUUCUCUAUGUUGGUUUGCCAAAAAAAGUGUUAAAACAAAAAUAUAUGUUUUGUGUAUACAGUAAAUGGACUAAUUCUUUAUAUUAAAUUCCUGUCUAUGCAUUUUGUGAGGUACAAACUUAUGUCACCGUGAAUGAUAGAGAAUACCUGCCAUGCUUUUAGCUCCACAGUGAAAGUUGCUGUUCAGAUUAUUUCUGAGUUUUUUGUGUAAUUGACUGCUGAAAAAUCUCAUGCUCUUAAAUAUGACAACAAAACACUCUAAGCCCAAUGGCUUAUUUCUUCUUCCAGUGAAAUAAAACUGUUGCCAUAUCAACUCUUGAUAGUGAUUCCGUGAUGGAGAAUGAAAAUCCGCGUUGAUUGGAAUUCAUCUCCUUCUUCAAAAUGUUGCACCUUUGAAAAAUAAUAUUUGUCUAUGGUUGCUAUACUUGUGAAGUCUAAAAGCAUGAUGGCCUGUUGUAAAGGGUUAUCUCCUUGGAUUUAUUUUUUUGUGUGGGGGAGGGACAGUUUGAAUAUGACAUCAUGUACUAAGGUAAAAUCGAAGACAAGGUGCUGUGUCAGAUUAUUUAUCAGAAGAGUAUAAAACUUUUAAGGACAAUAUUAGAGUAUUUUAAUUGCUUUUGUUUGAACGUUUAUCUUGUUAAUUUCUAAGAAAAAAGGGUGACGUCAAUCAAGCAGCACUUUUUUCAAACUAUACAGAUCAUAAAUAAUAUGAUGUGGUUGAGUGUUAACAUAAUAAAUCAUAUACAGUAUGACAUUUUAAAGAAAUAAGUCUGCAUUGAUGUGAUUGCAUGCUUGUUUUUACAGUUCACUCCAUACCCAUAUGUGGAAAAAUGCAAUAAUAUGUUAAUAUAGUACGGUAGUUUGAGAGAACCAGGUAGGUGCUACUAGACACAUUGAAAACUAGUAUAGGUUUACAAGAUAUUCAUUUCUUUCAAAGCAUACACUUUUAAAAGGCUGGCAAUGGAAAUCAUUCCAUUUCGUACCAGAAAAAUAGGUUUUUGUCACAACAGUAAGUUGCAUUAACUGUGUUACAAUACUGUAUACUUCAGUUUGAUUUCAGGACUUGAAGCCCAGUCCAAGAAAGACUCCAAGUACAUUCUUAACUUUAAUUAUGUGCACAGCUCUUUGGAUUCAAUGGAGCUAUUCAUCUGCUUACAAAUUAGGUGCUUUUCUGGAUCAGGGCCUUAUUUUCUGAAGUUGAACUCUUUAUUAAUGCUGCUUUUACAUCAUUAGAAAUUCUUUUUUUUUUUUACUCCAUGUUGCUUGAACUAUAAAAUUGUUGCUUAAAUCAUUACUUACCACCAUGUCAAGUGAGUACGUGAAAAGUCGGAGCAUCUUCAGAUGUGAUUGUUGAAAGCUGUCUUCUCAGCACUGAAACUUUGCAAAUUGGACUGUUAAACUACACUGUUUGGUUGAUUUUUAGUUAAGAUUGUUCCUGUGUGCUCAUUUUCAAUAGAUCUGAUUCUCAAUAGCCUUGCACCCUGUGAUGUCAUUUACAUCUCUGGCAAGUGGGUGCAAAAACACCACGACCUACAUAUGUGAAUGGAAAAUUCAGCGGGGUAGUAUUUUAUAGACUUAUCUCUAUUUACAUGUGUAAAUGACUACCCUUGGUGUAAGGUAGUAUUAGGCCCCUUGUGGGUAAAACCAUGGUUCAGAGAUAAAUAUAGUUAACAAACUAAAAUAAAUAAAUAAAUAAAUAAAUAAAGUCUGUUUCUAUUAUGGCAAGAUCCAGUUAUGAAAUACUGAGUCCAUUACAGUUGGACCCUAAACUAAGUAUAUGUGUAAAAUGAAUGAUCCGAAUGGGAACCAUGUUAGUGACACCCACACCCACCAACACACACAGAGUAAUUUACUAAAGACAAGGUAGCUAAAUUCUGUCAAUGUACUAUUUACAGUGUCCAUUGAUUUUUAGCUUUUAAAUGUAUAACUUUUUUUUAUGCUUUGAAAACAUAAUUGUUUAAAUAAGAAAGUGGCAUCGCAAGACAAUGGGUGCAUCUUUCCACUCUGUUUAGUGUCAUCAGAGAAACUAAGAAGCAGUUUAAGGAACCUGAUAUUUAACUUGAGGCUCAGCAUUAAGCUAGGACAUAAAAAAAUCUUCUCACAUUUCUUAAAGGUGAUUCAUCUUGUACUGAGACUCCUCUAAAGAAUAUAUGAAGAAAACCAACUUUUCUAAACAAGACAUGGAAGUUAACAUCUUGUGUAUUUUCAUUAUAGUAUAAUAUAUAUAACGAUUUCAAUGAAAAGAAAGGACAGGAUCAUCUGUAAUUAUGUAAUUCAUGAUUGUAACAGCACUGAAGUUACCAUGUACACACAUGUACAGUAGCUAUUUCAACAGUUACAGUGUAGUUACAUGUACUUCCAUGUAACAUAGCAGUUAUAGUGUAAUUUAGUGCCACUUAUUGUAAAGUGUUACCAAAAGGAAAAUGGAAUUCUUACCUUUACUAAUCCAUUCAAACUAAAGGUAAGUUUAUUAAAUUAACAUCACAAAUCUGAUAUUCCAUUUCUUUAUUAAGGUGACGUAAAUCUUCAUGUUCACACUGCAGCUUUCCCCAACACCUACCUAGAUUCUUCCAGCUGUCCAAUCUCCUCAUUCCUAGGAAAUGGUAAUCUAUGAUGAACAUACCAAAAAUUCAGCUGCUUCAACUUCAAUUGAAUAAGCUGUCUAAUACAAAAAAAAUGAGUAAUGCUUUUUAUUAAGUGGCACAAAGUACACACUAAAAACUAUGCAAAAAUAUAGGUAAAUACAGUGUACUUACAUGUAAGUAUCUUGUACUUGCUGUGUAUGGAUAUUGGAAACCCAUGUAAUUAUAAUAUGCAUUUUGAUUAUUUCAAAAAGCCAGAGUGCCCCUAGCAGUUACAUGAAUUAACAGUACACUUACAUGCAGUAAUUACCCUAGUGCAAUAUGUAUAAUUCCUUGCCUUGUACUUAUAUUUAAUUCAUAAUAAUGCAUAUUUUUCUCCUCAUCCUCACUAGUUUUGCCUUCUUUUCUCUUUGGGUCCCAUAAGACUCCACUAAAACACCUUUAGGGCAAAAUAAGACUUCAACUUUGCUAAUGGCUUCACUGUUAGCAUGCUAUAAGUCUGGCAACCUUGUUCAGAAAUCUAUUUCUGGCUCAGCAGCACAAGCUUGCUUCUUUGUCCUGUCCUUGAGGGAACCUAACAUGCGAAGAUGCUGAAAUGUAUUGCCAUAUGCCCUGGUAUUUUUAGCAUGAACAACAGAGAAACAGACAGAGGUGUGUUCUUCUGACCCCUAUUUUGUUGACCCUUUUCACUGGGAAUUUCUACUAUUUCUUUCACAAUAAUGUCAGGUAAUCUUAAAUUGCGACCAUGAAAUGCUUCCAUUGAGGUAGAGAGGCUGCCUUUAAUGAUAAAGUUGACUCUUUCUAAACAUAAAAUGUUAUGCUGCUGAUCUUUUUCUUCUUGUCAUUUUUUUUAUUGUGCCCUUCCAAAUUUAAUGAAAGUGAGAUCACACAAAACUGCAAAAGAAGAAAAUGAAUAUUGCUAGAUGGAAGAGUGUAAAACUUGAGUGAGUGUUAUUUAUUAUAUCCCUCUCAUGCUUGCACACUAUUGUGAUUAAUAUACAUGUUUAACAACUGCUGUUGGCUUAAUGACAUAUUAUACAAUUCCUGAAAUGUUUCAUAUACCACUUUCUUGAAAUACUGGCUAUGAAAUGUCUCUAGACACAUUAUAACAACAUCUCUGCCCCUAAAUGGAAUAAUUAUAAAAGUGUAUUUUUAAAUCAGAAAAACACCUUCCCUGUGUUCAUGGAUCUUUCCUCUGAUUUUUACUGUCUCCUGAUAUAGGUUAUUCUGCAAACUAAUAUUAUAAUAGAGAACUAUACCCUCAGCUAGUGUAAAUCAAUUUAGUUCUAUUGCCAUCAGUUCAGACCAGCUUGACUAGUGUGGGAUCCAUCCAUACAGUUUAAAAGCACAAAGUUAGUAUCAGUUCAACACCAAGAAUCAUCCUAUAAAAGUCAACUGGAAUAUGACUGUUUUCAUUAAAAAGGAUGCACGUUUGUAAUGUCAGAUUUAAAAUCAUAAGCAAGAUUUUAAAUAUGUAAUAGAAAUGCAAUCAAAAUAUUCUAACCUGUGAUUUUAUACACACACACACACACACACACACACACACACACUUCCAUGUAAAUGAAAACGUACAUGGAAAGUUUCAGUUCAAACUUUAAAGAAAUAAACAAGUAAUGCUGCAACUUUUCAUGUCAAUGCAUCAAAGAUUGUGUCUGAAACUACUUUUACCACCAAGUUUUCCUACAUGACUGUUCAGGGAAAUCCUGAUCUAACUACCAUUGAAGUCAGAUGGAGUCAUCUGAAUGACCUAAAUGGAAAUUAGAACAAAACCAUGCUGCUGUUUAAAUACCUCACCAUAUAUCCUGAGGUUGCUGCAACUCACACGGAGUCAGGAGUACAAAUAAGGUUCCCGCUCCAAUCUAGCAUUGCUGUAAUAAAUAGGAGCUGCCAGUGGCUCUCCAAGUUGGGGUUGGUUAAACCAUUAGGAAUCACCAUGUUACCCAGUUAUGCCCAUUUUUCCCUGAAAUGCCUACUGCAUUGCAGACAGACAGUGAUGAGUACUAAAGAUAAUAUGAUAAUUUAUAGCACAUGGGGAUUCCCCAGGUGCAGUGGGGAUUUCCCUGUAACAGGUUAAAGCAGCUGCAUAGCUUCUGUGUACAGCCACAGAUCUAGCCUAUGUAGUCUCUGUAUAACAUACUUUUUGCUUUGUUAAAAAGUAUAGCCCAACUAGAAAGAAGGUUGAAAAAAAAAUCCUUCCCAAUGAACCUUCUGUGUUAGGAAAGAAAAGUUAAAGGAUUAAAAAAAAAAAUAUUCUGGUAUGAAAUCUAAACCUGCCAGGGGUCAGCCCUUAAGCCAGUGAUUCUCAACCAGGAUGCUGCAGCACCCUGGGGUGCCUUGAACUCCUUUGGUACCAUGGUAUGCCAUAUAACAUUAGCACUGUUAGGUGCAAACAUGAUUCAUAAGACAAACCUCAAGAUUUCAAAUAAGAAUCCACAAGGUAAAAAACAUGAUGACCUGUUGUUUCCUUUCUGAGUUCUUUGCAACAGCAAAAUUGGUCUAUUAUUUUUCUGUAGUCAAAAAAAGGUAAAAACUAAGAGCUGGCAUUUUCCCAGGAGUGCCUCAAGUCUCACUGGGGUGUCUUGAUUAUAUAAAAGCUGAGAACCACAGCUUUAAGUACUUUCCCUGUAUGUGGGGUCAUGCCAGCAGUGAUUUCUGAGACCUCUAAUCUUGUAUAUCACUGGAUACAUCUAAAUGUUCCUCUAUGGCGCUAUUGUUACUGCGCUGUCAUUUAGCGCUUCCUUUUGGAAAUACUAAAUGAUGGCGCAGUAACAACCCAUACAGCACCAUGCAUGCCACGCAUGGUUGUUUUUAGGCGCUAUGUCGCUAUAGCAAUGUGCUAUAACCAAGCAUGUAGCUAUGAUGACGUAGUUGCGGCGUCCUGGUUUUUGCCUACAGACACUACAUUGCCAUAGCACAUUGCUACAGCAAUGUAGCUUCAUGUGUAGAUGUGCCCAAUGCAAACUACACUUAGCCUUACCCUGCCUUUGCACACAGUGCUGAUUUUAUUUUUUUCUAAACGAUUAAAGGUUUCUAUUUUUCAUUUGGCUUUACAAGAAAGGAGAGAAUAUUUGUAUUAAAUUAAAAAAAGUUUCCAAAGAAUAUUUUGUUUGGUUAAAAAUAAAUGAUGCCCACAAACUAUUUUUUUUAAGCUCCAAAGGAACCAGCCAAAGGAGAUAUUUUAUGUUUGGACUGGAUUACUGUUCCAUUCCUCCUGCUCCUUCCUCCUUUCUAUUUAUAUUGAAUCAUGAUAGUAAAUAUGUGUGUACACGUUUAAGUCCUUAUUAAAUGUAAAUAGAUUUUCACAUGUCACUGUGUAGUUUCUAUAGAAAUAUGCAAAUAUACUAUAAAAUAUUCUACUUUUAUCUACUGAAUGUAGCUUAGCAGAGUUUGAGAGUUGAACUUGUAGGCUCUUUAAUUCAUAGAUGUCCUUCUUUGACAAAUACAACAUUCCUAUUGGUUUAAGUGGAGCUAAAAUCAGGUCCUUAAUGCAAAUGUUUACACCGUAUAAUUUAUUCUUUGUGCAUCCUUUACUUUCAGUCUAGAUAUUUCAUAACAACAAAACACCUUCAGUACUACAGGAAGUUUCUAAAAUAAAUAACGCAGAAUUUGUGAAAAGAUUAUAUCAACAACCUCUGGCACACUGUAUAAAUGUAACCUUAUAGGAACUCCUCUGUGCUCUGGUCUUAGACUUUUAAUUCAUGGCAUUUGGAAGUGUUCGUCUCUGCUUGGAAAAAAAAUAAAAAUAAAACUGCUGUAAGUAAAAUCAACUGGAAUUAAGCAUAUUGCACUGAUGAUUGAACCAUGUUUAUUUAAUUUAAUUUUCUUAUGAAUAAGCAAACAAAAUGCAUAUUGUAAUAUUAGGUACAUGACACUUGCAUGUUGCUAUGCCUAUAUACUUACAAAGUAUUCAAUGUGUACUUAGUGGCGCUUAAGAAAUGUCAUGUACAAUUCUUAUAAACAUUCUUACAGGGUUCCCAUUUGCACUUCAUCUUUCAGAAAAGUCUUGUCAGAAACAUGUCUGAUGAAUAUUAUUGAAAGAAAUAAAAUUUCAAUUUUAGUUAUCUGGUGGA